AUGUACGGCGGCAACCUUCUCCUUAACUCAACACCAAUUCAGUUGGGACGGUUGAUCGAGGAUAGCGAAAUCUAUAGCUGCAUCAUCGAAUUCCAAAGAAAAAUUAUCAUUUCAGCAGGCAGCUUACUCCAAGAUAAUUUUGAUCAUCCAAUAAAUGGGAUGGUAAACACAUUGUUGAAACGGUCUGUCCUCGGAGAUAAGAAUGUCAUUACUGUAUUGAGAAGCCAACUCCAGGAAAUAAAGAUGUCUGCAGAACAAGACGCGGAAACGAGAGAGAAAAAGCUUAACGAACUUGCACAGUUAGUCUCUUUCAAAUGCCUUGGAGACUGGAACACCCGUUAUGACUUAUUCAAGGAGGCAUUGACCCAAGCUAUCAAGGAACAAGAUGUAUUCUUGCAUACCAAUUCAGAGAUAACAAACCGCCAAAAAGAAGAAAUAGAUUUCCACCAAUUCGUUGAUAUCUAUCACCAAUUUUGUAUCAAACGCUAUGACCAAUCCAAAGUGAAAAGCAGAAAAACCAAUUACUUCCAGAAACAAACUGCGAUAAGUGAUAACAAACUUCAAGACAAAAGUUAUCAAAAAAAAAAUCAGAAGGGAUAA